AGGCAGGUCCAGCCUGGGCUCCGGGCCCUUCUCGCCGGCCUCCCCACGCGGGGCCUCGGCUCCCCUCCUUCCCGGCUCCCGCCUCCUCCCGCAGGCUGCGGGGCGGCCGGGGCCUGCCUCUCUCUCUCUCCGCCUUCACUACCGGGUCAAGCCGCGGAGGGAGGGAGACGGCGGCGAAGCCCUCCCUGGCGCUCCACCCGGUGCGCGCGCCUCCUCCCUGGGCUCGCAUCCCCCUCCCCGCCCGCUCGCAUCCUGCCAGUACAGUACAACUAGUACACGCGCACACACACGCGCUCCCCGCCGCUGCCACUGCAGCUGCCAUGGAUAUCGGCUAACAACACAGAGGCCGGCGAGCGCGCGCGCGCUCCCACUCGCAGCACGCAGGAGUGGCCCCCGGCAUCCUUACCCUUCUCCCCACCCCCACGCCACCCGCUCACCAGCUCGGCCACUGCUCGCGCUGGCUCAGCCGCCGCCGCCGCCGCUAACGCCGCCAACGCCACCACAGCUUCCUCCGCUGCGGGGCCACAGCCUUGAGUGUCAUUCAAGGGACAGCACAACCUCACCCAAGCUCUCCUACCUCUGCCCAGCCGUCCCUCUCAUCCUCCCCCUUCCUCCGCCACACUCCAUCCAAAGAAGAGGGAAAGCGCGGAGCAGAGGGGAGACAGGCAAAGUCUGCCACCCUCGUCCCUUGGCCCCCUGGGUCCUCCAUCCCGAUUUUGACUCCCAACCCCUCUUCCCCAAAGGACCCUCAGGAACUGAGGCGACUCACCCUACUGCCAUGUCCAAAAGCUUGAAAAAGAAAAGCCACUGGACUAGCAAAGUCCACGAGAGUGUCAUUGGCAGGAACCCGGAGGGCCAGCUGGGCUUUGAACUGAAGGGGGGCGCCGAAAACGGACAGUUCCCCUACCUGGGGGAGGUGAAGCCGGGCAAGGUGGCCUAUGAAAGCGGCAGCAAGUUGGUAUCCGAGGAGCUGCUGCUGGAGGUGAACGAGACCCCCGUGGCGGGGCUCACCAUCAGGGACGUUCUAGCCGUGAUCAAACACUGCAAGGACCCCCUCCGGCUCAAGUGUGUCAAGCAAGGAGGAAUUGUUGAUAAGGAUCUUCGUCACUACCUCAACUUAAGAUUUCAGAAGGGUUCUGUUGACCACGAACUUCAGCAAAUCAUCCGUGACAACCUCUACCUCCGCACAGUGCCAUGCACCACAAGGCCACAUAAGGAGGGGGAGGUCCCUGGAGUGGACUACAUUUUCAUAACCGUUGAGGAUUUUAUGGAAUUGGAGAAAAGUGGUGCUCUCCUUGAAAGUGGGACCUAUGAAGACAACUACUACGGUACCCCAAAGCCUCCAGCGGAACCAGCACCAUUAUUAUUAAAUGUAACAGACCAGAUACUUCCAGGAGCUACUCCAAGUGCUGAAGGGAAACGGAAGAGAAAUAAAUCAGUGAGCAACAUGGAGAAAGCAAGUAUAGAGCCUCCAGAGGAGGAGGAGGAGGAAAGGCCUGUGGUCAAUGGAAAUGGCGAAGUCAUAACACCAGAAUCCAGUGAACAUGAAGACAAAAGUACAGGUGCCUCAGGGGAGACCCCCUCCCAGCCUUACCCUGCACCAGUGUACAGUCAGCCUGAAGAGCUAAAGGAACAGGUGGAUGAUACAAAGCCAACGAAGCCUGAGGAGAAUGAGGACUUGGACCCAUUGCCUGAUAACUGGGAAAUGGCCUACACAGAGAAGGGUGAAGUCUACUUCAUUGACCAUAACACAAAGACAACAUCAUGGCUGGAUCCACGACUUGCGAAAAAGGCUAAACCUCCAGAAGAGUGCAAAGAAAAUGAGCUUCCAUAUGGCUGGGAAAAAAUCGAUGAUCCCAUAUAUGGCACUUACUAUGUUGACCACAUAAAUAGAAGAACACAGUUUGAAAACCCUGUCCUGGAAGCAAAAAGGAAGCUACAACAGCAUAACAUGCCCCACACAGACCUUGGAGCAAAGCCCCUGCAGGCCCCAGGUUUCCGAGUAGGCCGCUCACCGGCGACAUUACCUAGGCCCAAAUCCAUCUUCCCCCGUACUGACCCGGAGAGGUCCCGCAGUGUGAAUGACUUGUCUUACUAUCUGCUGGACCACAGAGGGACUCCCUGGCCACUCGAAAAGCCGCUCUUCACCCGGGAUGCAUCCCAGUUGAAGGGAACGUUCCUCAGCACCACCCUCAAGAAGAGCAACAUGGGCUUUGGAUUCACCAUCAUUGGUGGAGAUGAGCCGGAUGAGUUUCUCCAGGUGAAAAGUGUGAUCCCGGAUGGGCCUGCCGCACAGGACGGAAAAAUGGAGACCGGUGAUGUCAUUGUCUAUAUUAAUGAAGUUUGUGUCCUUGGACACACUCAUGCAGAUGUUGUCAAACUUUUCCAGUCUGUUCCUAUUGGUCAGAGUGUCAACUUGGUGUUGUGUCGUGGCUACCCUUUGCCCUUUGAUCCUGAAGAUCCUGCUAACAGCUUGGUGCCACCCCUUGCAAUAAUGGAGAGGCCACCACCAGUGAUGGUCAAUGGAAGACAUAACUAUGAAACAUAUUUGGAAUACAUUUCUCGGACCUCACAGUCAGUUCCAGAUAUUGCAGAUCGACCACCUCAUUCUUUGCACUCCAUGCCAGCUGAGGGUCAGCUCGAUGGCACGUAUCCACCACCCGUCCAUGACGACAAUGUGUCUAUGGCUUCAUCUGGAGCCACUCAAGCUGAACUUAUGACCUUAACCAUUGUGAAAGGUACCCAGGGAUUUGGCUUCACUAUUGCUGACAGUCCCACGGGACAGCGGGUGAAACAAAUACUUGACAUUCAGGGAUGCCCUGGGCUGUGUGAAGGAGACCUCAUUGUUGAAAUCAACCAGCAGAAUGUACAGAACCUGAGCCAUACAGAAGUAGUGGAUAUACUUAAGGACUGCCCCGUUGGAAGUGAGACUUCUUUAAUCAUCCAUCGAGGAGGUUUCUUUUCUCCAUGGAAAACUCCAAAGCCUAUGAUGGACCGGUGGGAGAACCAAGGCAGUCCUCAAACAAGUUUAUCUGCUCCGGCCGUACCACAGAACCUGCCCUUCCCGCCUGCCCUUCACAGGAGCUCCUUUCCUGACUCAACAGAGGCCUUUGACCCACGGAAGCCUGACCCAUAUGAGCUCUAUGAGAAAUCAAGAGCCAUUUAUGAAAGUAGGCAACAAGUGCCACCCAGGACCAGUUUUCGAAUGGAUUCCUCUGGUCCAGAUUAUAAGGAACUGGAUGUCCACCUUCGAAGGAUGGAGUCUGGAUUUGGCUUUAGAAUCCUCGGGGGAGAUGAACCUGGACAGCCUAUUUUGAUUGGAGCCGUCAUUGCCAUGGGCUCCGCCGACAGAGACGGCCGUCUACACCCAGGAGAUGAGCUUGUCUAUGUGGAUGGGAUCCCGGUGGCUGGCAAGACCCACCGCUACGUCAUCGACCUUAUGCACCAUGCAGCCCGCAAUGGGCAGGUGAACCUCACUGUGAGAAGAAAGGUGCUAUGUGGAGGGGAGCCAUGCCCAGAGGAUGGGAGGAGUCCAGGAUCUGUGUCAACCCACCACAGCUCUCCCCGCAGUGACUACGCAACCUACGCCAACAGCAACCACGCUGCCCCCAGUAGCAAUGCCUCUCCGCCUGAAGGCUUUGCCUCACACAGCCUGCAGACCAGUGAUGUGGUCAUUCACCGCAAAGAGAAUGAAGGGUUCGGCUUCGUCAUCAUCAGCUCCCUCAACAGGCCUGAGUCUGGAGCCACCAUAACUGUGCCCCAUAAAAUCGGACGCAUCAUUGAUGGGAGUCCUGCAGAUCGCUGUGCAAAACUAAAAGUGGGAGACCGGAUCUUAGCAGUCAACGGCCAGUCUAUCAUCAGCAUGCCUCACGCUGACAUCGUGAAGCUCAUCAAGGAUGCGGGUCUUAGUGUCACCCUUCGCAUCAUUCCUCAGGAGGAGCUCAACAGCCCGGCAUCGGCACCCAGCUCAGAGAAACAAAGUCCCAUGGCCCAGCAGCACAGCCCUCUGGCCCAGCAGAGCCCUCUGGCCCAGCCAAGCCCAGCUACCCCCAACAGCCCUGUUGCCCAGCCAGCUCCUCCUCAACCUCUUCAGCUACAAGGACAUGAAAACAGUUACAGAUCAGAAGUUAAAGCAAGGCAAGAUGUGAAGCCAGACAUCCGGCAGCCUCCCUUCACAGACUACAGGCAACCCCCGCUGGACUACAGGCAACCCCCAGGAGGGGACUACCCGCAGCCCCCACCCUUGGACUACCGGCAGCACUCCCCAGACACCAGGCAGUACCCCCUGUCAGACUACAGGCAGCCACAGGAUUUUGAUUAUUUCACUGUGGAUAUGGAGAAAGGAGCCAAAGGAUUUGGAUUCAGCAUUCGUGGAGGAAGGGAAUACAAAAUGGAUCUGUACGUGUUGAGAUUGGCAGAGGAUGGGCCAGCCAUAAGGAACGGCAGAAUGAGGGUAGGAGAUCAAAUCAUUGAAAUCAAUGGGGAAAGCACCAGGGACAUGACACACGCCAGAGCAAUAGAACUCAUCAAAUCCGGAGGAAGAAGAGUGAGGCUGCUGCUGAAGCGAGGCACGGGACAAGUCCCAGAGUAUGACGAACCCCACGCCUGGAGUGCUGCCGCUGCCGCCGCCCCAGGCCUGCCGGAAGUAGGCGUCUCCCUCGAAGACAUCCUCUCUCCAUUCUCUCCAUCACAUCCAGCCCCACCCUCCGACCCUUCCCACCAGAUAGGCCCAGACCCAACUUGGGAUAUCCAAAGGGAACACGACGUUAGGAAACCAAAGGAGCUUUCGGCCGGCGGCCAGAAGAAGCAGCGCCUGGGGGAGCAGAGGGAGCGCUCGGCGAGCCCGCAGCACAGCAGCGCGCGGCCGAGGCCGGAGGAGGUGCCCGGCGGCCAGGGGAGGCCCGAGGCCGGCAGGCCCGCCUCGGAGGCGGCCGACGGGAAGGAGGCGCUGCGGAACCGGCGCGAGGGCCCCGGGGCUGCGGGCGCGCGGGAGGCCGAGGCCAAGGUGGGCGUGCGCUGCGGGUCCCGGCCCGCGCCGCGGCCCACGGCAGGCGGCCCGGCGCGCAAGGCGGCGGUGGCGCCGGGGCCCUGGAAGGUGCCGGGCUCCGACAAGCUGCCGGGCGCCCUGCAGCCCGGCGCCUCGGCCGCGGGCAGAUGAGGGGGCCCCGCCGCCUCCACGCAGGCCGUUCUUCCCGGGUUCCGUCUCACGGCGUUUUAAUUUAUUUUCACUGUCACACGCAUAGAUCCACACGAGCACCGAGGCCUGGGAGCAUCGGUGUGCGACGCGCGUGGGCGGCGCGGCAAGGUGUGCUCGCAGACCUAAACUGAUCCUAAAGCCCCCGGUUCCAUGGUGGGAGCUUUGGCAGCUAUGGAAGAACCAAAAUCACGCAAACAUCACAGAGAGACAGUGCAGUGUAGCUUUAGUUUAAAAAGAGAAAGAAAAAAAGUUUCCCCCACUGCAUGAAGGUUUCGGAUGUCAUCCAAACUUUAUAUCAAGAAACUGGACAAGUUCAGAGCAAUCACAAACUGGAAUAUCGCCUUAAAAAAAUCAAAUUGCACGGAGCAAGCGGAAACUGAGACAAGAUUAUAUCUUUUAAUUGAUCUAAAGUAUUGUAAAUAAAUCGUUCUUGACAAAUCUAGACAGGGGUUAAAGGGUUUCUUUGAAACAUUAGAACUGUUCGCCCAUGACGUUUCCAUGGCUCACCCUCGGCAUCCACCAACGGUAUUAGCACCAUUCCCUGCCUACCGCAGGAUGAGUUAGAAACCUAGUGAAUUCAUUGGUGUGAUGCCGUUUUUACUGCCAUUUCUGUGAUCAAGUCAUUUCUGUACAUUUUCAGUGGUAGGGGAAAAAGGUUUUAAAAAUUGUAUCCUAGGGAACCGUUUGCCGUAAGUCAGAAUUUCGCAGGUUAGCACGUAAAUCUUAAUUGGUUUUCUUCUAAAAUAUGAGUUUUAUAAUCAAAAGACCAUAAUCUGUUUAAUCGAGAUGGGCAACGCUGCAGUUCCUUCCUGAAAAGGCUUUCCUGUCAUACCAGGCGCAGAGAGAUAGGUAGCUGCUUUGUUAGCAAUGUUCUAUUUUACCUGUUGUCUUAUUUUAAAACCUCUUCGGUACUUCAUUUGCACUUUGACAAAGUAUUUGUCCUAUAUUUCUCAAAUUAGAAUGAAUCUCUAAUAUUAAAAACAUGAUAACUAAUUUAUUUUCAUUAAAGAACAUGAGUCCUUUGGCAUCCUUUCUGUUUAUCUUUCCUUAUUUGAUGUCCCUUUGGUUCCCAUUUGGUUUGCUUUCGCCUUGUAUAAAGUUUUUUAUUACACUAACAAUCUAUAGAUGAUCCUUUACAUUACCCGGUUACCAUCACAGGUCAAUGACUGACCCUGUAGUAAAACUGUAAAACGUUAGCCUCAAUCAGUUAUCAAUAGGUACUUAUUAGCUGCGCAUAUUAAAAGGCAAGAUGUCUAAAGACAAUUUGUCAUGAAUAUAUUUUGUGUAAUUGAGGCUUCAUUCCUUCCCAUAUUUUGCCCCUUUCACAAGUUCCAAAGCAAAUAAGACUCCUCACUCCUCCUCACUUGUAGUCAAAUAAGUAAAAGGGGAGGUCAGGCCCAUCACACCUGGUCACACGGAAAAGCUGUCCCCAAGGGAGUCUUUCCCUCUUUGUAACCUGAGCACUACCUAGUUUAAUUCCCAUCAGACAUAGGGAUCAUUGUUUGACAAGCCGGUGUGGCCGAAAGCCUCCUAGGAAGGGUCUUGCAGCUUGUAAAAGCAAUUUCCAAAGUGAAACACAUUCAUCAUAGACAAAAGCACAAACACAUGCCCUGGUUUAUGCUUUGGGUUUAAUCUCAAUUCGUCUUUCUCCCCUGGACUAGAAAUCCAGUGUGGUUUGCCAUUAAUUUAUGGAAUCUGGUUUUGGACAAUACUUCUGUAGUGUAGCUGCACGUCCUGGUACUGUACCCUCUGACCUUUAUUUUCCAUGUUACAGAAGGAACCACCGAGAUUACGCUUGCAUAGACUCUGACUUGCACAGUUCACAGCGACUGCUCGUGCAGUGAUUGCUUUAUGCGGCUGUAAUCCAUAACCUGUGAAGACAGCACAUCAUCUGAAUCUCAUUUCAAUAAUACUUCUGUGUAGUGUUAGCUGUGAAUUUACCCUGUACAGCUGUAUCUCUAUAAAUAUAAUUCCAUGUAUUAAUAGUCACAGAAAGACUGUAAGUGAGCAACUAUUUUUAUGAAACGCACCACUAUGGAUAAAUUAACUUUUACAGAAAUCUUGUUUACUGUAUGAUAUUCUAAAACACUGUCAAAUAAAAUAUAUAUCCAAAAAUCUUUUCUUUU